ACUUCCCGGUCCCGCCCUUCGAUCAGUCUUGCACAGAGAUUUCAGCUUGCUUCAUCUUUGCCAUCUGGAAAUAGAACGACGAGAACCAUGGGGGCCCGUACACGGGUUCUGUCCCCUCUGGCCCUCGUCCUGUUAGUGGGCAUAGUUUUCUUGCCCAAGGAACCCAAGCUAGGACGCCGCUGAAUGAAUUGUCGAGCCGUGUAUGUCACAGUCUGACAUGCGGGGAGCCUGACGCUCAGUACCCGCACCCGACCUACUGCGUCCUGUACGUCCACUGCAUCGCUGGCGUGCCCUACGUUAAGAGAUGUCCCUCCAAUCUGCACUACAACGCGGCUCGGGGUCAUGCGACGUCCCAAAGGAGGCCCACUGCGUCCCCUUCAAGAGGUCGUGCGAUCUUCAGGUACCUUUCGUUCCCGACGGUCCCACGGAUGGACUGGUGACGUGUGACUGCGGGGGUACCUGUACGAAGCCUCAUCCUUACCGCUGCGAUGCUUACUAUCAUUGUGACGCUAAUGGCGUGGAGCACCUAACGGAGUGUCCUAACGGCCUUAUGUAUAACGCCCGGGCCGAGCAGUGCGACGCAAAGGAGAACACCCAGUGUCCUCAAGCUCCUCCCUGCUCCUGUGACAACUGCCGCUAUCCUGCCGCUGACCAGUGUUCUACUUUCUGGCAGUGUGAGAAUGGCAAGGCUGUGAAACACUAUUGUAGCAGCGGACUCCUGUUUAACCGUGAUACUUCCCAGUGUGACCUGGCCAUUAACGUAGACUGCAGUGAGGGGGCGUGGGAGAUUGGUUCUUUUAUCGAGACAGCUUGUGUCGACCACCGAAGCGACUGUGAUGUCUUCGUGAAGGAGGGAGGAUGUACCUGUCAAGGAGACGUGUGUGACUGGCAAACGUUUGUUCUUCACAGUUGCCCAAAGUCGUGUGGCAAAUGCAAAGAUGGAAAGGCAGUGAGGAAGAGAAUAUUUUCCUUUACAUCGGAUGAAAAUGUAAUUUCCCAUAAACACAAGCACCCUGGAAGCAAAGAGUCUGGGAGCAAAGAGUCUGGAAGCAAGGAGUCUGGAAGCAAAGAGUCUGGAAGCAAAGAGUCUGGAAGCAAGGAGUCUGGAAGCAAAGAGUCUGGAAGCAAGGAGUCUGGAAGCAAGGAGUCUGGAAGCAAAGAGUCUGGAAGCAAGGAGUCUGGAAGUAAGGAGUCUGGAAGCAAGGAGUCUGGAAGUAAGGAGUCUGGAAGCAAGGAGUCUGGAAGUAAGGAAUCAGGAAGCAAGGAGUCUGGAAGUAAGGAAUCAGGAAGCAAGGAGUCUGGAAGUAAGGAGUCUGGAAGUAAGGAGUCUGGAAGUAAGGAGUCAGGAAGUAAGGAGUCAGGAAGUAAGGAGUCAGGAAGUAAGGAGUCAGGAAGCAAAGAAAGCAACGGGAGUGGUGAAGGUAGUGGAGAAAAUGGUGGAGGUGACAGUAAUGGAGGAAACGGAAAUGGUGACAAUGGUGGUGAUGGAGGACACGGUGGAGAUGGAGGCAUUCACAUUGUUGACGGCUGCGUUAUCAACUGCACCAAUGCUAAGUACCUGCCACAUCCAAGUGAUUGCCGCAAAUUCAUUCAGUGUUCACCAUAUCAGGAGAUACACUGUGCUCCCUAUUCUGUAUGGGAGCAAAGUGAACUCAGUUGCAACCAUGAGACUUUAACGCCCUGUAUACCAGGCAAUUACCUGACUCCUGAAGGGAAGCCAUGUGGUGGCAGUAAUGGUGAUGGUGGCAAUGGUGGAAAUGGUGGAGAAGGUGGUGAUGGUGGCAACGGUGGUGACGGUGGAAAUGGUGGAAGUGGUGGAGACGGUGGCAAUGGUGAUGGUGGAAACGGUGGAAAUGGUGGCAAUGGAGGUGAAGGUGGUGGCGAUGGUGGAGACGGCAACGGUGGAGACGGUGGCAAUGGUGGAGGUGGUGGCAAUGGAGGAGGUGGUGGUGAUGGGAAUGGUGGAGAUGGUGGCAAUGGAGGUGAAGGUGGUAAUGGUGGAGACAGUGGCAAUGGUGGUAAUGGUGGUGAUGGUGGGAACGGAGGCGGCGGCGGGCACGUCAUUGACGGCUGUGUCAUUAACUGCACCCUUGGCAAGUACCUGCCACAUCCUACUGACUGCCGGAAGUUCAUCCAGUGCGCGCCCUACGGACCUCAGGAGAUGCCCUGUGCGCCCGGCACAAUCUGGCAACAAAGCAAGCUGACCUGCAACCAUGAAGGCGCCACGCCUUGUGUCACCGGCAACUACCUGACUCCUGAAGGCAAGCCCUGUGGAGGAGACAGUGGUGGUAGUGGUGAGAAUGGUGGUGGUGGUUGCAAUUGCGAUGGUGCUGGUGGUGGAAAUAAUGGUGGAGACGGUGGCAAUGGAGGAUGUGGUGGUGACGGUGGAAAUGGGAGUGGAGGAGAGGGUGGCAACGGAGGAGGUGGUGGAGAUGGUGGUAAUGGUGGAGAUGGUGGCAAUGGCGGUGGUGGUGGCCAUGUCAUUGACGGCUGUGUCAUUAACUGCACCCUUGGCAAGUACCUGCCACAUCCUACUGACUGUCGCAAGUUCAUCCAGUGCGCGCCCUACGGACCUCAGGAGAUGCCCUGUGCUCCCGGCACUAUCUGGCAACAAAGCAAGCUGACCUGCAACCAUGAAGGCGCCACGCCUUGUGUCACUGGUAACUAUCUGACUCCUGAAGGGAAGCCAUGUGGUGGAGACAGCGGUGGUGAUGGUGGAAAUGGUAAUGGUGGAAAUGGUAAUGGUGGAGAUGGUGGUAAUGGUGGACCUACAGAUGGUGACUGUUCAUGGCAAUCUUAUGUAGCUGCUGCAUGUCCUAAAAGCUGUGGUUCCUGUAUCACCAAUGGAGGAAAUAACACAUAUGAAGUAUGCAAAGACAAGGCUGUUGACUGCAAGUAUUGGGCUGCAAAUAAGGACUGUGUUUGCAAGCCGACUGACGGAGACUGCUCCUGGCAGAAAUACGUUGCAGAGAACUGCCCAAAGAGUUGUGGGAAGUGCAACAAUGACAAUGGAGGCAAUGGUGAUGGUGACUGCCGCAAGUUCAUCCAGUGCGCGCCCUACGGACCUCAGGAGAUGCCCUGUGCUCCCGGCACUAUCUGGCAACAAAGCAAGCUGACCUGCAACCAUGAAGGCGCCACGCCUUGUGUCACUGGCAACUACCUGACUCCUGAAGCAAAUAAGGACUGUGUCUGCAAGCCGACUGACGGAGACUGCUCCUGGCAGAAAUACGUUGCAGAGAACUGCCCAAAGAGCUGUGGGAAGUGCAACAACGACAAUGGAGAUGGUGGCAAUGGCGGUAAUGGUGGAGAUGGUGGCAAUGGCGGAGGUGGUGGCCAUGUCAUUGACGGCUGUGUCAUUAACUGCACCCUUGGCAAGUACCUGCCACAUCCUACUGACUGCCGGAAGUUCAUCCAGUGCGCGCCCUACGGACCUCAGGAGAUGCCCUGUGCUCCCGGCACUAUCUGGCAACAAAGCAAGCUGACCUGCAACCAUGAAGGCGCCACGCUUUGUGUCACCGGGAACUACCUGACUCCUGAAGACUGCCGGAAGUUCAUCCAGUGCGCGCCCUACGGACCUCAGGAGAUGCCCUGUGCUCCCGGCACUAUCUGGGAACAAAGCAAGCUGACCUGCAACCAUGAAGGCGCCACGCCUUGUGUCACCGGCAACUACCUGACUCCUGAAGACUGCCGGAAGUUCAUCCAGUGCGCGCCCUACGGACCUCAGGAGAUGCCCUGUGCUCCUGGCACUAUCUGGCAACAAAGCAAGCUGACCUGCAACCAUGAAGGCGCCACGCUUUGUGUCACCGGGAACUACCUGACUCCUGAAGACUGCCGGAAGUUCAUCCAGUGCGCGCCCUACGGACCUCAGGAGAUGCCCUGUGCUCCCGGCACUAUCUGGGAACAAAGCAAGCUGACCUGCAACCAUGAAGGCGCCACGCCUUGUGUCACCGGCAACUACCUGACUCCUGAAGACUGCCGGAAGUUCAUCCAGUGCGCGCCCUACGGACCUCAGGAGAUGCCCUGUGCUCCCGGCACUAUCUGGCAACAAAGCAAGCUGACCUGCAACCAUGAAGGCGCCACGCCUUGUGUCACUGGCAACUACCUGACUCCUGAAGACUGCCGGAAGUUCAUCCAGUGCGCGCCCUACGGACCUCAGGAGAUGCCCUGUGCUCCUGGCACUAUCUGGCAACAAAGCAAGCUGACCUGCAACCAUGAAGGCGCCACGCUUUGUGUCACCGGGAACUACCUGACUCCUGAAGACUGCCGGAAGUUCAUCCAGUGCGCGCCCUACGGACCUCAGGAGAUGCCCUGUGCUCCCGGCACUAUCUGGGAACAAAGCAAGCUGACCUGCAACCAUGAAGGCGCCACGCCUUGUGUCACCGGCAACUACCUGACUCCUGAAGACUGCCGGAAGUUCAUCCAGUGCGCGCCCUACGGACCUCAGGAGAUGCCCUGUGCUCCCGGCACUAUCUGGCAACAAAGCAAGCUGACCUGCAACCAUGAAGGCGCCACGCCUUGUGUCACUGGCAACUACCUGACUCCUGAAGACUGCCGGAAGUUCAUCCAGUGCGCGCCCUACGGACCUCAGGAGAUGCCCUGUGCUCCCGGCACUAUCUGGCAACAAAGCAAGCUGACCUGCAACCAUGAAGGCGCCACGCCUUGUGUCACCGGCAACUACCUGACUCCUGAAGAAAUACGUUGCAGAGAACUGCCCAAAGAGUUGUGGGAAUACCUGCCACAUCCUACUGACUGCCGCAAGUUCAUCCAGUGCGCGCCCUACGGACCUCAGGAGAUGCCCUGUGCUCCCGGCACUGUCUGGCAACAAAGCAAGCUGACCUGCAACCAUGAAGGCGCCACGCCUUGUAGCGGUGGUGACAGUGGAAAUGGUAAUGGUGGAGAUGGUGGUAAUGGAGGAGGUGGUGGUGAUGGUGGAGAGGGUGGUGAUGGCGGAGAUGGUGGUAAUGAUGGAAGCGGAGGUGGUGGAGAGAACUGUGAAUUGUCAUGCCCAGAAAGACAAGGGAUCUUCCCGCAUCCACAAGACUGCAGUAAAUGGAUUCGGUGUCUGAAUGGAGCACCGUAUGUUAAGAGAUGUCCCUUCCACCUUCACUUCAAUCCCGUACUGCGGGUGUGUGACUGGCCUCAUAAUGCGAAGUGCAUCGCUACCAGUGAUUCAGAGUGUUUCGUUCCUGAGCCCAUUGUACCUACAGAGCCACCCAAUCUGAAGCCCGAUAUAUGUGACUGUGAAUGCUGUGUUAGGCCUCAUCCUGAAGACUGUACUUCCUACUAUUACUGCGAGCCUGGAGCCAACGCUGAGUUCCACACCUGCUCUGAGGGGUUAGUGUUCGACCCACAGCUAAGCCAGUGUGUGAUCCAGGAUCAGUAUCCACAGUGCCAACCAGAGAAGCCCCCAACUUGUGACCCCACGUGUGAAUGUCUCUAUCCUGCAGAGGCUUGCACCGAGUACUAUAAGUGUAAUGGAGACGGCAUCCCAGUCAAACACGAGUGUCUCGGUGGACUCUACUUCAACGAUGAAAAACACUCUUGUGAUCUGCCAGAGAAUGUGUCUUGUGAGCAGCGCCGCAAGAAAAGUUUUGACUUCGGAGAGCCACAAAAGUAUAUCAAUCCUGAUGACUGCAAGAACCUUCAAGGAGUCUUUGCCAAGAGAGAUGACCCUUCAGCUUACUACUUGUGCAGCAAGGGCAUCGCUUUCGUUCUGAAAUGCCCUGAUGGCGGCGUAUUCAGCUCGUCUGCUGGCAAGUGUAUCUUGAGAAAAUAAUCAGAGCUGAAGGUAUACUGUAGGUAUACAUGAACACGCAUCAUACACAUAAACAUUGAUGCAUUACAUGUAUUACUGGUGUCACUGGAUCUUUUGAACACUCGGCAAGUGAGAUAAAGGUUGUUUCGGUGGAGAUAGCAAGAAUGAGAAAGCUAAUAGACACACUCCACUGAGUUGGGGAUAGAAAAUAAAUAUUCCAUCACCCAAACCACAUGUGUUGAAAGAAAGAAAGGAAAAUAGUUGAUCACCAUCAUCAUUCGCUACGUACGUCAAGGUUAUAUAAUUUUUGUCACCUUUAUCUAACAAGGAGUACACGAAGUGAUGGAUUGAGUUUUAUGUCUCUCUCUCUCUCUCUCUCUCUCUCUCUCUCUCUCUCUCUCUCUCUCUCUCUCUUCUUGUAUGUAUUCUGACUUUUCUUUCAACUUUAAAACAGCUGCAGUCAUUACUUCCUGGUAAACUCUUCAUCUUGACAAUGUGCAGUGAAGAUAGAACAUGUAUAUAGUAAAGGACAAACAUUUCUGUGGAUGUCAUAUUGUUUUUUACUUUGGAAUGAUAAAGGUACGUUUGUUCUUAGUUAAGCAUCUAUAUGGAAAGCCUUGCAAUCUAUUGAACUUGAAUUCCUGUUUUGGUAUACUUAUAAAAAAAAAAAGAAAAAUGGA